AUGCAAGUCCCUAUCCACACGGCCUUCUACCUUACUGCGCACCUCAUAUCACGAGGUAUCGCGGUUGCAAAGUGGGAAGGAGCGAAAGUGGGCGGCGUGGGAGGGUACCCCCGUGUUGUCGGAUACAGACACAGAACACGGCCGAGACAAAAUCGAUAUCCUACCCUCGCCCAUAUCAGACGUCGCGAGCGAAUUACUCUCGACUAUUUCACCUCGUCUUCCAUUGUUGGCAGCAGUGGUCGGUCUCCCCAGGGGAAGAGACGGUGCGGCCUAUCUUCUCGCCAGCUCCAGUUCUACAGCUCCGAACCACACAUAUCCAACCCCAGUCCUGGGCCUAGACCCAGCACCAGACGAAGCCUCGAUCCGAACCGAACCCCUUUCCACCACCACAGCUCCUUCCCAUUGACCACUCACGAGACGCAACGAACACCACCUACUUCCUUCCUUCUUCAUCCAUCUACCCAACUUCGCGACGACUGGUCUUUCUUGACCUGUCUUAUUCGACUCAACCAACCUUUCGGGGUCGUGAUGGUGACGAUCGACGUGCUGCCCAGCUGA